AUGGCUCCUGGAAAAGUGUCCGCUUCGAAGCUGAAAAGAGAGCAGGAACGUGCUGCGAAAGUGAAGGCCGCCGAGGAAAAGGCUGCUGCUGGUACUGUCCUUCGACACUGAUCUCCUUCAUUGAGUCCCAUUUUUGCAGAAGCUGCUGCGAAAGCCGCUGCCGAGGCACCGGUGCCUGUUGCAGCCCCCGCUGCACCUUCAUCUGCUCCUCCGGCUGCUCCUCCGGCUGCUCCUCCGGCUGUCACGCCGACCUUGAGCGUGGCUAGUCUGAGCUCGGCCCUUCCUGCCACAACUCAACCGCCAAAGCCUUCGAAGCCGGAUCGUCCACAUCCAGUGAAGCCGCUCACUCUGCUCGAGAAAAAGAACACAAUAGUGGUCGAAACGAACUCGUAUCUCGUGAAGAUCAAAGGAAACAAGAAGGUUUUCCGGUACGACGUCGUCAUCUCGAUCCAGAGGGACUCGAAGAGAGCCAACCGAGCUUCCGGCGUCGCGAAGCCGAACGACCAAAUCCUGACCGGAACACAGGGAAGUGAUCGCCAGCGACAGGCUGUCUGCUUGUCGCUCGUCAACGAAGUACUGCAGGAUCUGGGCGUGUCGGUGUACCCGUACGACGGAGCAUCCACACUCUACGUUCUCGUCGACCUCGGUCAGGGCACAAUCGAACGCGUGUUCGAGAAGCAGAAUCUGCCGGCCAAGUUCAAAUCAGAAUACUUCUCCGACAGCGAGGGAACCGUCACCCUCUCGAUCAAGCCGAACGACAAAAUCCCGGUCCUUCAAGUGAGAGACGUCCUUUCGGAAGGUCUCGAAUCGGCCACGAAGAUCGUGACUUCGAUGUUGAGCGUGGCUCUGACUAUGGAUGCUCGCCUCUCUAGAUUCCUCAUCACCGACGGGAGCACCCAAAUAUUCAACACGCAACCGAGAGCCUCUCCCGAGAACGGAGUUGAGGAGCGGGAAGGAAUCGAAUCAAAGUUCCGGAUGGCGGAAGAGAACCUGCACAUCUUGGCAGACUGUGAGUUCAAAUGAGCUGCAAGUGUUGGAACAUACUUUUACAGACAAAAUGGUCCAGUUCUUCUGCAACGGUCCGCUCACGCAGCUCGAAGCAAGAUGUCUGAAGAGUCAGUCCGCAGCGAGGAAAUUCCUCAAAGGACUAAAAGUGAAUGUGGUCUAUGAUGCCCGGCAGAAGUUCAAAAUCGAAAAUGUGGGACCGCCUAUCGGAGAGCUCAGGUUGGAUGAUGGAAAGCCUCUUCUGGAAGAUUGCGCAGAGAAGUCCAGGAAGAAUGUGAAACAGUUCAACCCGAAAUGGCCGGCCAUUCAAAGAUCAAUCAAAAUCGAGAACCCUGCGAGACAGGGCGAGAGAAUCAAGAAGUUUUUGAGUUAUCCAGUUGAGAACCUGAUCGUUGCCCCGGAUCAGAAACUGCUGCCGAAGCAUGGAAAUGCGGUAAGCAACUGUGAGAUGUUAACAAGAAUCAGAAUCCAACUUCAUUUCAGCCGAGAGCACCGCUUCCAAAUGCUCGUCAUCGUGGUACCGAGAUGAUCGGAAGAAAGACCAAGAUCCUCUCCGAAAACGAAACUCUUCAAGCGCUCGGAGUCGAGAUCAUCAACAAACCGAUCACGGUUCCGGCGGUUGCUAUCCCGCCGCCGAGCAUCCGAUACGCGGGACUCAACGGAGCGAGAGAUGUGCUCACGCAGCCGAGGCUGCACAAAAUGGUGACUCAUCAGUGCUCUUCUUGCAGUUUAUUCCGAUUUUAGGCUUCUUGGAAUCAGGCGAACGGAGCCUUCAUCGAGACCUCAAAACUCUACAAAAACGUCGUCAUUAUUGUGAACACGUACAACGAGAAGAACUCGGAAAAGGUCAUAGGAACGGUGAGAGAAUUCGGCGACAGUCUUCGGUUGUCUGCCUCUUCUCUCGGAUUGCCGAACAUGUCGGUGUCAGUGGAGGACAUCAAGUCGGAAGAUUGGGAGAGCUCCCUCAGAUCAGUAAGCUCAGAUGUCCCCCGAAUCGUUUCAAUCCUUUUGUUCGUUAGGCAAUGAUUGAUUGGAAAAAGAAAGCGGAAGAGAGCGGUAAGAGCGUGCCAAUCUUUCUUUACGCCGAUUACCGCUCUCUCGACACACAUUCCUUCCUCAAACUGAUGGAAAGGCAGCAGCAGGCGGUCACUCAACAAGUGAAUCUGGAUCGGAGUGUCGCGAAACCGUGAGUUUCAAGUGGCUCUAAGAGUUUUUUUCCAAAUCGGAUUUUCUUGUAGAGGGAAAGACACGAUGCGGAACAUUCUGGCGAAGAUCAACGUGAAAUUGGGAGGCCUGAAUCACCGAGUUGUUGGCCACCAGAGCAUGUGAGUUUUUCACUCUUCACCAACUGUCUUGACAGCUAUCGAUUCCAGUGCUCAUCUGUGGGGAGACAAUUCGAAAACGUUGGUGAUCAGCUAUGACGUGUGCCACAGCUCAGGAAUACAGCAGUACAAAGAGGGGCAGCCGUGUUUCGAGCCGAGUUGUGUCGGAGUGAGUUAUGGAGAAAGGGUUGCUAGUGGGAAAUGUGAAUUGCAGUUCGGUUACAACGCCGGUAGCGCACCAACGAGCGUUAUCGGAGACUUCCAUCUCCAGACACCGAGAAAAGAACAGGUCGACGGUGACAUCCUUAGAAAACGGACAAAGAAGAUCCUCGGACAGUACCACCAGAACCGGAAAGAGAUCCCGGAGAACAUAAUCAUUCUGCGCGACGGAGUCUCUGAGGGACAGUACAAGAUGGUCCGAGAUGAGGAAUUUGUAGCGAUCCAGGAGGGAGUCCGCGAUUAUCUGAGUGACAUCAAAUCCCAGAAGAAAAUCGCCUUCUCCCUCCUCAUUGUCACGAAGCGCCACGCCAAUCGUCUGUACAUAAAUGACGGACAAAGUGAGUUAAUAGAGAUGAUCAAAUGUGUAAAUUGGCAUGGUCUUCAGGCUUCGCGAACGUCCCCCCGCUCACCGCCAUUGACACUGGCAUCGUCAGGAAAGAGGGAGUCGAGAUGAUCUUUGUCAGCCACUGUCCGCUUUCUGGAACUGCCCAGCCGAUUCUCAUAAACAUCCUCCACAACGAUGCGAUCUUCACCAGCAACACUCAGUUGUCUCACUUCCUCGCGGCACUGUGCUGCGAGCACCAGGUUUGCACCUCAAUCGUGUCUCUCCCGGAGACGGUCUACGCAGCCGACGCCUACGCAAAGAGAGGAAGCGAGUUGUUCAAUUGCUACAAGAGGUUAGUGUGUCGAGUUUUCGUUUCAUUCGUGCAAUUUCUUGUUUUGCAGUGUGGCACCCCGUCUGAAUUUCCCGCUGGAAACGCUAGACGACGGAAGCAUCGAUUUCGAGAAGAUCACGAAUCGUCUGGCCUACGAGAACUCUCGGUUCCAAUUCAAACGUAUCGCCUAA